AUGGAUAUUAGACCGAAUAAUACUAUCUAUAUUAAUAACCUAAAUGAGAAAAUAAAAAAAGAUGAACUCAAAAAAUCUUUGUACGCAAUUUUUUCUCAAUUUGGCCAAAUAUUAGAUAUUGUAGCAUUAAAAACAUUAAAAAUGCGUGGGCAAGCAUUCGUCAUUUUUAAAGAAAUUGCUAGUGCUACAAAUGCCUUGAGAUCAAUGCAAGGAUUUCCAUUUUAUGACAAACCCAUGAGGAUACAGUAUGCAAAGACUGAUAGUGAUAUAAUUGCAAAAAUGAAAGGCACGUACGCAGAACGACCUAAGAAACCAAAGCGUGUUGUUCCUGCUGCAGAUGAAGAAGCCAAACGUGCUAAGAAGAGAGCUAAGGAACAGGCAAAACACUCUCAACAAAUUGGUUAUCAUGCUGGUGUACCCCAACACCCAGGUUUAAUCAAUACUGCUGUACCAGAACAACCACCAAAUCAAAUUCUAUUUCUUACAAAUCUGCCAGAUGAAACUAGUGAAAUGAUGUUGUCCAUGCUCUUUAAUCAGUUUCCUGGUUUCAAAGAAGUACGCUUAGUACCAAAUAGACAUGAUAUUGCAUUUGUUGAAUUUGAGAAUGAAGUACAGUCAGGAGCUGCAAAAGAUGCUCUUCAAGGAUUCAAAAUCACACCUUCUCAUGCAAUGAAGAUAUCUUUUGCAAAGAAAUAAAUUAAUUUCAUAGUUAAUAUGAAAAUGUUAUCAAGGAAUGAAG